AUCGGCGCAAUCUGCCGCGCACCGGCGGCUGUUUAACUUUUAUUAAUUUUGUUACUGCCUAAACAAAUAAUAAGAAAUAAUUAAAUUGUAGUGAUUAAUUAACCAAAAUGGCGCAAUGCGCGGUGCAGUCGUGCAACAAUAAAAGCGGCAAAGAUUUGCCAGAAGGAGUCACUUUUCAUUUAUUCCCCAAAGAUCCACAGGUGAGGCAAGUCUGGAUAGAUGCCACAGGCAACGGCUCGGACUGGAAGCCGGACAGACAUCAGAUUUGCUCCGAACACUUUCAGGAGAAAUGCUUUCAGCAACUCAAGAAGAGUCGACGACUCUUCGUUUGGGCUAUCCCGACUCUAAAGCUGAGGAAUUUGAACUCACCGACUGCAUCAGAAAGGGCUGCACCAGCUCCCAGCGAACCUGAACCCGAGGAGCCAGCUGAGCCAGAUGGAGAAACUCCUGAGCUGAAUGAAGAAAUACAGAAACGUAAACGCCUUGACGAGAUCUUCGUUAAACCACAAUGCGCAACAUGUAGGAAACGCGCCGCACUCAAUGUUUCCAGCACUAAACUUGAGGGUCAAGCAAAAUCCAUCGUUUCAAAAGUCUACCACUUCCUCUCUGAAGAGUUUAAAGACAUAAAGGACCGUUACGGCGACGCCGUGGACCUGACUCCGUUGUCCAGGUUUCGGCAGCGCACUGCAUAUGCAUGCGGAGUGAGCUAUAGGGCUGUGGGGCUGGUGCUCAAGGAAGAGCAGGAUUGGAUGGAGGCGAGGGCUUCGCCGGUGGAGGAGCCCCCGGUUAAGAAGAGGAAGGCUGCGCGCGUGCAGACUGAUGGUGAUAUUGAGAGCCCCAUCGAUUCCUCUUCAGAAGACAACAACAACGAAGAAGAGAACUUCCAAACAGAACAGAGUACAACAGAAGCAGAAGAAUCUGAACCGGUUGAGAAGGAGACCAGCUCAGAAGGAACACAAGAGGAAACCGUCCAAGGGACCUUAGAUGUCAACCAAAACUAUGACGACAACGCUGAAACCAUGGAAAGUGUUUCCGUCGAAUUUGAGUUCCAUGAUAUGGAAGCAGCAUCCAAUCAAUCAUCUCAAGAACCUUCAAUCAUAACAAUGAUCAAUCAGUCAGACAACGAAAACCAAUCAAUCCCAGAACAAAACAUCGAAUCAAUAGAGAAUCUUGACAAUCAAUCUCUCAUCGAACCAACUAUAAUUGCGGUGGUUGAUUCGAAUCAAUCAAACGUGAAUCAAGUAAUAAACUCGCUGAAUCCGGGCAUGAAACCGACUUUAAUUAGGAUGGUUGAUUCAAUGGGUAAUCAAUCAGGUCUUGUAGACCAAGCUCUGAUGGUUGAAUCAGGUGUGAUGGACCAAGCGAUAAUAGAGCCGGGUGUGAACGACCUAGUCAUGGACCAAGCGAUGGUCGAACCCGCGAUAAUUACAAUGAUUGAUCCGAAUCUACCUGAGAUUGAACAACCGAUGUUUGAGCCCCGAUUCGAUUUGGAACCGACUAUCAUAACGGUUGUGGCAGGAGACGGGCCCGUCAUUGAGAAUCCGUGCGGUAAUAUGUGCUGGUGAGUUGUAUCAAUCUUUUCAAGUAUCAAUCAAUACAUUUAAGUUAAAGUGGCCUUUUUGUUAUUUAAAAAUAAAAGAAAGAAAAUGAUUGUAUUUGAAAACAUUUCGGCAAAGAUAUCUUUGUUAAAAUUUAUAAUAAAUCUUUGCGAAAAUUUGGUUUUUCGGGCUCUGUACCCAAAGGGUAAAAACAAAACAUUAUUUCUAAGGCUACGCUUUCAGUCCGUCGCCAGGCUGUACCUCAUGAACCGCAGAUAGCUAGACAGUCGAAAUGUGACAGAUGAUGUAUUUUUCAUGCCUCUAUAACAAAAAUAACGAGGUUAAGCAACG